AGCAGCUUGCUAUCCUACGACCUCCACCCAUGAGCAACGGACAGUACGCCCCGGCUAAUAUCACCGUCGAGCAGCUGGCGGCGAACCCAUUUAUAAUGGGUCAGCACCUAUUCCAUACCAUCGCCUCUGUCCAGUUCCCCUCCGACAAUGGAAACAACCACUGGAUCAUGGAUAACGGCGAUGACAAGCUACUUGAGUUGCUGGCCGCUAUGCCUCAUUCACGGCCGAGCAAUGUCGAGCGCAAGUUCACUUACCCUUGCGUCUUCACGAACCCGCGCAAGCCAGGGCGACAGAUCAAGAUUGAACCGCUCAUUGGCACAGCGGACGAUGGCGUGUACUUGCGCAGGUCCGACAUCGAGAAGCUGGGGCUGAGGUACACUGGCUAUGUAGCCAGUACCCGACAGGGCGACUGCAGGAUCUGGGAAGGCGUCCAGUUCAACAUCCCUAACGACCAUAACGCCGGGCAGACUACGUACUCGUCCCUCCACGUCUACGAGCUCCCGCUCUGGGUCCACAAAGUCCCCCGCGCGGACAACGCGAGCAACAGCAAGAAGCACGGCAUCAUCGGCACGCCAAUGCUCACGAAUCACGUCUUCUUCAUGCACCGCGGGGACGCGCACCUCAUCGACCUCGCCGUCCUGCGCGCGUCGCCCCCGCUGUUGAGCUGCUUCGACAAGAUGCGCCCCCUCGCGUGGGCGGCACUCGUCAAGCCCAACGCCCCCGGCCAGGCGAUCGGGGUGCAUGUGGGCAGGCCGUUCCCCGGGCGCGCGCUCGAGGUCGCGCUCGCCGUCGCGGAGCGCUGCCCGCCGCACGCACCGUUCGACGCGUUCGCGUUCCACGGCGGGGAGAUGGUGAAGAAGAUGCAUAUGGGCGACUUAUCGAACCCCGAGAUCGCGAAGAUGCGCCCGGUGGUGCGCGAGGCGGAGGCGUGCCGGGUGUGCGGGAGGGAGGACACGGCGGUGAAGCUGGAGAUCUGCACACGGUGUGUGCAGGAGCGGAGGCCGCAGAGGGCGCUGUACUGUGGUCAGGCGUGCCAGAGGAAGGAUUGGAAGGAGAAGCAUAAGGCGGAACACGCCGGGGAGUUGCCAUGGGGUAUACAGGAUCGGGCUGCGCGCGAAUGCGUGCGACACAGGAACGGUGACCUUUCCCUACCUUUGUAUGGCGCGGGAUACUGAGCCUUCAUCGCUGGUGUGGGGCCGUUGGAUGGUAUAAAAUCCGCAUUAUAUUGUAUCGGUGCUAUACGAGCUAUAUCUGCGUCCUUAUGACCAGUGUCUAUGUCUUGUCGUUCCAGAUGUCGAGGAAGAGCCUCCACAAAAUCGAGAAGAGUAAUCCCUGGAGACCAUUCGCGAGGAUACGCGUCUUCAGUCCGCGACCAAACAAGCCCUGCAGACCAUCCGCCGCGAUUACGGCGCGCGCGGCGUCCAUGUACCCAAUCUUCGUCUCGUUCACCUGGCGGUAGGUCUUCACU